AUGACCUAGGAAUGUGUUGGUUCAGCACUGCUGAUUUAGCAUCUAUAAAACAGAGAAAGACAACAAACCCAGACAAUGACAGUUUAAUGGCCGAGAAAGCUGCUUUGGUUUUGCUCCUCAUUUUAGCUGGAGGGCUUGCUAUUGCUUCUAAGCAGCCUCAACAGGAUGUUUCAUUGAGCAGUGGUUCAUUGUUACUUGACAAAAUAAACAAGGUUUCCAUAGCAGAACCUCAAAUUACAAAGAGAUCACAAAAACUAGCACCAGAAGAUUUAUUAAAGGCUCAAAACCAGAAGCUAUGCAAAGUCUGCAGCCACACCAAUAGCUCAUGUGAAUGUGAGGUUGAAAAUGAUGAUGGUGAAGUUGAGGAUAUGGAAGGAUUUAGGAAUGAAAGAUGUCUCCUGACAAUGGCAAGAUCUCGAGGUGUUCUUCAGGACACCUUGGGGCGAGACUUGAGAGUGAUGACCACAGAAGAGAGACUUGCAGAGUUUAAAAAAAGAGUGGAUGCUCUUCGUAGAAGACCUUCUAUUGAAUCUGACCAGGCCAAAGAAUUUGACAGAGAUUCCAAAAAUUCCUACCCCGAUAGAGAUUCAGCUCAGUUAUUUGUCUUACCUGUUUCACCAUAUAGUGGUAGAAAGAUUCAGAAAGAAGGAACAAUUGUUAAAAAUGAAAGUAGAGAAGACAAUAUAUCAACAGUUACUGAUGAAACUGAGUUCCCAUCCGAAAAUAUUUCACCUUUUCAUGGAACUUCAAAGGGACUUUUCAUAAAUAAGGGUGCUAAGGAGAAGGAUACAAUAGUUAAUACUACUUUUAGGGGUGGAAGUGUCCAAGAAGCUUUUCAUAAAGAUGGGAAGCAGAUCAUAAUAGAAGGUGGAGAAGAACAAUUAGGAACAAGUGAUGAAACAAAACCUCCUUCAAAAAAUAUUUCAACUCUGUUUGAUAGAACUUCAGGAAAAGACUAUUUGAAUAUAAAUGAUAAAUUAAAGGAUACAUUAAAUGUUGAAAAACAACAUACAAGUAAAGUUAUGGAUGCUAAGCCAUCAUCUUUUUCAAUAGUGAGACCGUUAAGACCUACAUUGUCUCAAAUAAUAUUACCCGGUUCUGAACCCCAACCAGUGCAUGGUCCUUUAGAUUCAGCAAAACCAUCUGGGUAUUCAGUAAUAAAAUUACCAGCACAAUUCUUAUCACUUACAAGACUAAGAGAACGCACAGUUGACAUUGAUACGUUACCUGAUGAUAUUGAUAAGAAAACUAAUGCAGGAAAAGAAAUAUUGAAGAAUCUCAGACCCAAAAAUACUAUUAUCACUCCCUCAAUUAUAAAGAUAGGGCCCCAUGAUUCAUCCCAGUUACCUGAAAUGGGCAUCAGAACUAUUGAUAACUAUUCUAGUGAAAUCUCCCUAACAGACAAGAUUGUAAAAACGAAUUCACCUCUAAGUGGUUUAAAGUCAUCAAAUAUUCAAGACCAUAAAAGAAAUCGUUUAGAGGUAUUGGAAUCAGGAAAGAUCAAUUCAAAAGAUAAAAAAGUACAACCUAUUUUAGAGGGAAUUGUAGCCAUACCGAAAUAUAUAAACAUAAAUUAAACAAUCUUAUAGGGGUCUCCAACAAUUUGUUGGUUUAAAAGAUAUGUUUAACUAAUCAUUAGUAACUACAAAAUAAAAAAUAGAU